UGUUGGGUGACGCUCGGUGCAAAAAUACCUACAUAUAAGCGAAAGUAUUGUUAAACGUAAAAUAAUAUAAUACAAUUUUUAAGAAAAUAUUCGCUGAAAAACAUUAAAUCAAAAACCAAUGAAAUGGAUUUCGAUGCUGUGUUAAAGAAAUGUGGCAAUUUCGGGCGCUUCCAAUUUCUUGUACUGUUAUGCUUUAGUAUAACCAAUAUACUUUCAUCGAUGCAUUACUUUGCGCAAACGAUAAUUAGUUUUACGCCGAAGCACUGGUGUUAUCAUGAUAAGCUGUCGAAUGCCAGUUUCGAUGAAAUUCGCGCCGUCUACGCACAAACGAUUAAUCCACAUUGUACUUUAUUAGAGGACAUAGUCGAUGGCAAGCCGAUUGUUGCUGAAGUCGGUGGUUGCCGGAAGUGGAUCUAUGAAUAUGAAAGUGGUUACAGAAGCGUAACAUCAGAUCUUAACUGGGUAUGCGAGAAUACUAUACAAUCUGCGAUAGGACAAUCGCUAUACUUUGUGGGGUCUGUCAUCGGCACUGUUUUCUUUGGAUAUUUGGCAGACAAAAUCGGCCGACUUCCUGCGUUGAUCUGCACUACACUUACUGGCGCUAUAGGAGAUUUUCUCACAACAUUUUCCACCAAUUUGCCGUUGUAUUCAAUCUUUCGCUUCCUUUCGGGUCUAUCCACAGACACAUUUUACUAUCUGAUGUACAUAAUGGCCUUCGAAUACUUGAGUCCGAGGAAACGCACACUCGGUCUAAAUAUGGUCACCGGCAUAUUCUAUUUUCUCGGUUUGGCUUUGUCUCCCUGGUUUGCAUUGUGGUCCGGUUCGUGGCGUAGCUACCUAUACAUCGCAUCGGUGCCGGCGGUAAUUGUGCUGUUAUACCCUUUCCUCAUUUGUGAGAGCGCACUAUGGCUGAUGGCAACACAGCGCUAUGAUCGCGCGGUUAAAUGUCUAAAGCAUGUUGCCAAAAUCAAUAAACGCGAGGUGAAAGAAGAAGUAUUUGAUGAAUUUGUUGCGUAUUAUAAACAGAAAGCGAGUGAGCAACUCGCGAAGAAAACAAAUAAAGACACUUUUUGGGGCAUGUUCCGUACACCACGUUUGCGCAAAUUCACCAUUAUGAUGCUGAUAAAGAACAUGUUUCUUGCGCUUUCGGUCGAUGUGAUCAGUCGCAAUAUGGAGGGUAUGGGCAGCUCACCAUUCAAAUUGUUUUCCGUCACAUCGGUUGUUUACGUUGUGGGCGGUCUCACUAUAAUCUUACUACAAAAUCAUAUAGGCCGCAAGGGUAUGGCCUUUAGCACAUUUUUAGCCAGUGCCAUCAUUAUCGGCGUUAACGGUAUUCUAAUCGCUUUUCUUGACACCGAACAAAACUCGUUACUCUUCGCUAUUAUGACGGGUCUCGCACGUUACGGUGUCGUCGUGAGCUAUGAGGCAGAUACACAAUACACUUCGGAAUUCCUGCCGACCACUGUACGUGGGCGUGGCAUGGCCAAUAUACAUGUUGCUGGUUUCGCCUGUACCAGUCUGCAUUCCUAUGUGAUAUAUUUAGGUUAUUUCUACAAACCCCUACCAGCGAUCUGCACAUCGUUAUUAAUGUUCUUAGCUGCAAUGUUGUGCCUAUCACUACCCGAGACGAUGAAUCAACAACUACCGGAAACCUUGCUGGAUGGUGAGAACUUUGCGCGCAAUCAGCGCUGGUAUAAUUUUGUAUGUUUCGAUAAGACGUUAAACAAGAAGAAUGAUGAAGUCGCCAAGGAACGUUAUUGAUUUAGAGAUUUAGUGUUUUUUUUUACUUUUUAUGAUUAAUGCCGAAAAUUUGUUGGCCGUGUGUAGUUCAAUUAAAUUUUUAAUUUGAAAACUGUGACAUUGUAUAUUAACUGAUUAAAUUAAAUGUAAGUGCAUGCUCCAAAGCUUUUAUACUUCAUAACUUUGUUUGUUUUCUUUGAAUAUAGUAUACGAGUUGUGUUCAACAAAUAGCGGGAAUUGUUAUAACUCCAUAAAUACAAUUUACAAAUAAAAUACCAUUGACGACAUGUGUUGAAAAAUGAUAAUAUUUGAGUUGGUUGAGUAUAUAAAUUGUUGCUUUGGCUGCCUUUCCAUUGCCCUUUGCCGCUUAUGCAAACGCCGCGCAUGCGUUGUGAAUGAAAACAAGACAGUUUAACAAAAGUUAAUGCGCUUGCAAUACUAUAUUGAGAUUUUCUCUUUUAUAUAUUUUGUUUUUGUUUAAAAAGUUAUUUUACAAACAUUAAUUUACACAUUAAUUAUAUAUGUUGCUAAAUAUGUAUACUAAUUGCAGGGAAAGGGGUAAAUGUGUAUGUAUAUAUAUUUUAGAUUUACUAAAGAAGACUUACAAGUAUUUAAUUUCUAUAAAUGUACAUACUAAAAUGGCUUAAGAAACUAACUGAAAUUAAAGAAAAUAUAUCUUUAUCUCUGAAGAUAUUAUGUUUAAACUAUUUCGAAUUUUCUUUUAUAAAUUUAUAAAUUCAUAUAAGUUAGUACCGCCAUGCUGUAAAGCAAAUCAAACACAUUAGAUUAAAUGGUUUUUAAUGCGGCUAUUACAAAAAAUGAUUUGAGGCACCACUUUCAUUCUUAAAUGUGCUUUCUUCGAUUUAGUUUUUUGUUUCAAAUGUGCUUGUAUGUAUUUUGGUAUAUAAGCAUAUAUGUUUCUUUACUUUAAAUUGUUUUACAUAUAUA